AUGUCGGCAGCAGCGACGCCCUACGCCCCUGCAUCGGCGCGAGCCUCAGUCCCGCCCACAGGCGCAGCGACGCCGGCCCAUCCACCCCCGGCUUCCGCAACCACACCGGCACCCCCUGCGCCCUCUGCCUUUGACGUCCUGCCCGACCUCCAUAGGCUGCUCAAGCGCAUCCUCGAGACAUCAGCUCAGCCACCAGCCGCUACUCCCACACCCGCGCAGCUUUCGCCAGACGGGCCUCUGGAAAUACAGCAUGUCGCUACGGCUGCAAACGAUGUCCGGCUGAAGAUACAAAAGGCGAGACGCGCCGUCUUGUCGUUGCCAGAUAUCGAUCGCUCGUUGCAGGACCAGGAAGAAGAAAUUGAAGAUCUUGAGGAACGGAUCGCUCAGCUCAAGGCUUCGCUGAGGGAGCUCGGUCAAUCGACUGCUUCAGAGGAUCGAGAUGGGGACCAGAGUAUGACUGGGUGA